CCCCCCCUGGCAGCGGCAGGGAAGCCCCCGAGGGGCCGGGAGGGGCCCCCAGGCCUGGCAGCGCGGCUGCCCCCCCCCCGCGGCACCCGGGGAAGGGGGCUCCGGCCGUGACACCCUGCAGAGCUUCCCCACUGCCCCAGCCCCCCCCCCCCCCCCCCCGGGGGGGGGGGGGGGGGCCCCGCGGCGUCGGCAGCCCUCGCGUGCAGCAGUGCAGGGAGGUGUGCUGUCGAGGGCUUCCGCGGCCGCAGUCGCCGGGGGGGGGGGGGUUUUCCGGGUUGCGUGGCCGUGUGCCGGUGGCGUUCCCUCCUGACGAUCCCCUGAAGAUGCUGCCAGCCACGGAUGCAGGCGGAACGUCAGGAGGAAAUGCUACUGGGACACGGCCACCAUGCAGCCCGGGAAACCCACAGCUCCUUGGCGUGGGGAGAGGGGUGGCUUCUGCUGCUCAGCCCCCCAUUCCCUCCCCCUCGUUCUCCAGGGAGCCAAGCGGCUGCGCAAGGAUGCCCCCCACGGCGUGGGAGCUCAGCCACCCACUGGAGCCGGGAACCUCUUUGAGGCGGUGAAGCUGGGCAGAAGCGUCAUGGAGACUGUGGUUGACGAGUGGCUGGAGAGCUACAAGGAGGACCGGGAAUUGGGUUUCUUGGAAUUGGUCAACUUUCUGGUGCAGUCCUGUGGCUGCAGAGGGGUGGUGACCCACGAAAUGCUGAAGAGCCUCCAGAACUCCCAGAUCAUCCAGCAGCUGACACAGUCCUUUCAUGAGGACUCGGCAGAGUACCCGCUUUCCCUGAGCACCUUGGUCUGGCGGCGCUUCCAGAGGGGGUUCUGUGAGCUGAUAGCCGUUCUCAUCCACCGCACCCAAUAUGAUGUUGUGUAUGAUGAAUACCUGAUGGACAGCCUCGUUGCCCUCCUGACUGGCAUGUCCGACUCUCAAGUGCGAGCCUUCCGCCAUACCAGUACCCUGGCAGCCAUGAAACUGAUGACAGGCCUGGUGCGCGUGGCUCUGAGUGUCAGCCUGCAGAAAGACAACAGUCAGCGGCAGUAUGAAGCCGAGCGGGCCAAGGGGCUUGGCCGCCGGGCCCCGGAGAAGCUGGAAGGGCUGCUGGAGCAGCGCAGGGAGUUCCAGGAGAAACAGGAAGAGCUGGAGAACUUGAUGAAUGCCAUCUUCAAGGGGAUAUUUGUUCACCGCUAUCGGGACGUCAUACCUGAAAUCCGCUCCAUUUGCAUGGAGGAGAUGGGCCAGUGGAUGCAGCACUAUAGCGCCUCCUUCCUGACUGACGGCUACCUCAAGUACCUCGGCUGGACACUCCAUGACAAGCAGGGGGAGGUCCGUCUCAAGUGCUUACUCGCUUUGCAAGGGUUGUACCGCAACCAGGAGAUGGCUUCUCGCAUGGAACUCUUCACGAGCCGUUUCAAGGAGCGGAUGGUGUCCAUGGCUCUGGACCGAGACCCCCAGGUUGCUGUGGAAACGGUCAGACUCCUGACGCUCAUCCUCCAGAACACGAAGGAUGUGCUCACGGACGCUGACUGCGAAGGCAUCUUUCCACUUGUCUAUGCUUCCAGCCGCCCCCUGGCUGUUGCUGCUGGUGAAUUCUUGUACAAGAAGCUGUUGGCACCAGAAGCACCAGCUGGGGGAGAAGAGGAGCCCUGUGAGGGGGCGCGGGCCUUCCUGCGGCGGCUCCUUUCCUUCUUCAUCGAGAGUGAGUUCCACGACCACGCAGCCUACUUGGUGGACGGCUUGUGGGACUGCGCUGCCGCCCUGCUGAAGGACUGGCAGGCGCUGACGGGGCUGUUGCUGGAGGAGCCUCCUGCAGGGGGUUUUGGUGACCAACAGGAAAGCACCCUCAUUAUGAUCUUGGUGGCCAGCAUACGGCAGGCUACGGAGGGACAGCCGCCUGUCGGCAGAAUCUCUGCUAAAAAGGGAUUAACGGCCCAAGAGCGCAAGACGCAAGCAGAGGACCGCUUGAGACUCACCCAGUACUUCAUCCCACUGCUUCCCCAGUUGUUGGCCAAGUUCUCUGCUGAUGUGGAGAAGGUGGUGCCUUUGCUGGAGGCCCCGCGCUACUUUGACCUGCGGCUGUACAGCACUGGCCGCCUGGAGAAGUAUCUGGAGCUGCUGGUGGCCCAGCUCUGGGGUGUGGUUGAAAAGCACACGGGCAAGGAAGUGCUGGAGGCGGCUGCCAGGACCCUGUCUGCUCUUUGCCAUCCGGAAUUUGCCUUUCACACGCGGGUGGAUUCUGCCCGCAGCCGCUUCGUGGACUACCUUGCUGACAAAUUCCAGCAUGAGCUUACUGAGCUGCUCCAGGCCUCGCUUGUGGAGGAAGACGAUACCUACAGUCUGGCUGCCACUCUUAAGCGCAUCGCUGCCUUCCACAACUCUCACGACCUGACGCCAUGGGGCUUCUUUGAGCCCUCCGCCCGCCUCCUACGCCACGCAGUGGACACAGGCGAGGUCCCCAGACAGGUGGUUCUUCCGGCCAUGGCCUGCUCACACUUCUCGCUCCUCUGGGAACUGGCCCACUUGCCCCAUCUGGCCUCUUCUGGGCCUCAUCCCAGCCAGGCACAGGUGCUUACCCUGAAGGAGAAAGUGGCGUCGUUUUGCUCCCUCUGCCAAAGCUGCCUUGCGGACAACGAUCCCAGCAUCCAGGAGCAGGCCUUUGUGCUGCUGAGCGACCUGCUCCUGGUCUUCGGCCCGCAGCUGACGCGAGGGGGGGAGGGCCAGGAGGCGCUGCAGCCCUUGGUGUAUCAGGCGGAGGCUGCUCUGCAGUCCCAACUGGCCGGCUUCCUUGUGGACCACGUCUUCAGCCACCCCCUGGCUUCCGAGAUGGGGGACGAGGAGCUCCAGAUUGAGCAGCUGCACCAGCGCCGCCGCCUCCUGGCCGGGUUCUGCAAACUCAUUGUCUAUGGAGUGGUGGAGCUCAGCGCCGCAUCGGACGUCUUCAAGCACUACUCCAGGUUCUACGGUGACUACGGAGACAUCAUCAAGGAGAUGCUGAAUCGGGCCCGUCAGAUUGACCGGACCGAGUGGGCCCACACGCUGCUUCUCAGCCUGCAGCAGUUGCUGACGCAGCUGCUUCUGGAGCAGGGGCCGGCAGGCAUGGAGUCCAGCGCCUUCCUCGAGAUCCGAGACCUGGCCCGGCGAUUCUCGCUGCUGUUUGGGCUGCAUCGGCUGCAGAACCGCUCGGCCCUUGUCAAGCUGCACAAGGAUGGGAUCAGGUUUGCUUUCCAGGCCCCCGCAUCUCCCAGUUCCAAGCUGGGACUCGUCCACUUGCCAUUCCUGGAGCUGCUGAGUGAGUUUUCCCCACGGCUGCUGAAUCCGGACAAAGCCUUCCUCCUGUCCUAUUUAAGGACCGUGAGCCACGCCCACGCCAGCCAUCGAGGGGAGCUCAGCUGGGCAUCCGUCGCCGUGUAUCAGCACUCUCUCAGCCCCCAACCGGACGCAGCCUCCCAGCCCGGCUCAGCCGCCAAGAAGAGACGUGGAUCAGCUGCCAAGAGGAGGCGCCUGGACGAGUCACCCGAACUGGGCAGUUCCAGCCUCCCUUCCGGCAGCCGCUUGCAGACCCCUCUGCUGACCUCCACAGCUCUGAAGGGGAAGCAGCUGCUCCUCACGGGUCCGGCGGAAUCUGUGGAGUCCAGCUCUGAGUCGGAGUUUGUGCAGAGCCAGCCAGCCCUGGGCUCCCAGUCUUCCCUCCGCGAAGCCCUUCUGAGCCAGAGGCAGCCGGAGGAGAGCGGCCUGGGCAGAAGGCUGGAUCGGCUGCUUCUGAUGGAGGAGGAAGAGGAGGAGGAAGAGUCUAGUGAGGAGGCCGAGUAGGGACCCUGGAUGCGGCUGGCUGGACGCAGAGCCCUUCCACCGCGUGAGUUUUCUGCGCACCGUUUCCAUGGAUGCCGGGGAGCACCAUGCCUGUUGCGUUUGUUGUCGGUUCUGUCUCUGGAUCUCGUUUAGCAAGAGAAUGCUGUUUAAUUCUCAUUUCCCAAAAUCUGUUGAUGCCAAGUAGGAGUCCCCCAACUGCUGCUUCUUGGCUUCUACUGGUUCUCCCACCCUCUAAAGGAAGCCUCCUCAGUGAUUCUUGUAACUUAAUUCUUUAUUAGCCCAGCAUUACUAAUGUUUCCUUGUUAAUAAAUAAAACAUGUUUUUGGUUGAAGCAG